AUGGGUGCGGCUCGAGCCGCCGCUGACGGCGCCGCUUCUUCAAACUUCGAGUAUGCUACCGACGACGACGAGGCCGCUAGGUGCGUACUUCAUGGUUCGCGAUUGACACUUUUCGGCGAAUCCAAAGAGUUCUACAAGACGACUGGAAUUUGUUGGAUGCGCGCAAUUCGGAACGGCGAUGUGGCAACGGUGAUGAAGAUUAUUGAGGAAAAGGCCGAAAUAGUUCACUACGCACCUCUUCAUGGACCGGAAGCGUUGCACAUUGCGACGGCGCGCAAUGAUCGAUCGAUUGUGAUGCUUCUGGUGGCAAAAGGUGCCGACAUCGACGUGCGGGAUACGUGCGGCUACACCUGUCUACAACGAGCGAUGCUGAACGCCAACAAAUCAUUCGGACACUUUCUGAUCUCUCAAGGAGCAAACGUCGAUUUGAUCGAUCCCGAUGGGCUGACGAUUCGGGAUUAUGAGGCAUGGGACCAUGAGAUGGACCGAAGCAAACAAUCUCACCUUCGUCAGAAGACGAAUUCGGUUGCCGAAUCGCCGUCAUCGUCAAUCCGAACGACUCGUCAGAUGCGCCCGAACUCGACGCCCGACGCGACCGCUUCGGAACACACGGAAUGGAAGCGCGAUAAUCUGCGCAGCUCGUGGAAAUCGUUUUUCGAAAAGAAGCAGAAAUCGGUAUUGCUCACCUAA